AUGCUGUCCAGACGGAUUUUGACGGCAAAAUUGCCGGUGCGGGCUUGUGCCAGACUACCUUCGGUUGCCCGCCCUGCCUUCACGCAAGUUCGAUAUGUCUCCCAGGCUGAGAUUGAAGAUCCCGGAAUGAAUGGGGGUUAUCCCAAUCCUCCUGCUCAGAGACGCCAAUUCCGCGAUCCUUACGGCGGUUGGUGGGAUCCACAGGAUAGAAGGAACUUCGGAGAGCCGGUUCACGAAGAUAACGAUAUCCUUGGCACAUUCACUACCGAGUCAUAUACCCAUUUCAAAGCUCCAAAGGCAUUCUUCUUGAUGGGCUGCGCUAUCACCACUGUUUUCGCUUUCAGCGGCCUUGUCAGCCUUUUCUACCCUGACAAGCCCAGCGUUCCCCGUACGUUUGAGGACGGCCUUGAGAAGGAGUUAGGGGGUGCAAAUGCAGUUAGGGUAGGUUCUAUUGGGAAUGGACAUCUUGUGCUUUGA